CAUAAAUUAAAUUCAUUACUUUUUUUUUAAUUUUAUUUUAUUAUUAAAAAAUGUCGAACCUUAUUAAUCAUAAUAACGGUCUCUCUAAAGUAAAUGAUAACCAUUUUUGGUUAACACGACCUCCGCCUUCUCUUACUCCUAUUCAAAAUAGGACACCAAUAUAUAAUUUAAAUUAUGGAUUACCUUUCAAUCGCCCAUAUGCGCCUUCGUAUAAUAGACUAAAUCAAAGACCAACAUCACUAUCUUAUAGUUAUGAUAUUAGUAAUUUAAAUCAUCAAGAUCAUUAUAAUCAGUAUACAAAUAAUUUAUUUCCACCUCUGCCGGAAAAUAUUGAUGAAGAAUACAUAUUGAAGUAUUUAUGUCCUUUACCAAAACCUCAUAAAGAUGAAACAACUAUUUGGAUUGAAAAUUGGUUAGCUAACAAAAAUAAAGAUAUUACAGUACAGAAAGUAAAACAAACUAAUGUUAAGAUUUGUAAAAUCAGUAAACAAGUUAAAGAAUGUAAAAUAUUAUUGGAGCACAUUACCAAUAACAAACAACUUAUGGAACAAAAUAUAUUAUCUAUGACAACAACUGAAUGGAAUGAAGCUUGUUUUAAUUUAUUUUCAAUACAAGAACAGAUUGAAGCAUUAAUACAAAAUUUUAAUUUAGAAAAUAGUUCUGUAUCUGAAUUAAAUAAAAUGCUAACUAAAAGAAGAAAAAAAAGAGAUAGAGUAAAAAGGCUUAAAUCGAAUCUUAAAAUAAUUAAAUCACAGCAAAAAGAUGAAAUCAAAGAAAUAAAUAGAAAGAUUGAUGUUUGGCAAAAUAACUUAAAGGAAAAUAUAUUAAAAGAAAAAAGGGUUAACCAAACUAAAAUUGAAGCUAAUAUUUUUUUGAAAGGAGUGAGAGGAAAAAUUGAUGAUGCUAAAAAUCAGAUAUCAUUAUUUGAUACUUUAGAGAAAUUGAGAAAAUGUAGGCUUCAGAAUUGUAUUAACAAAAGAAAAAAUGCAAUUUUAGAAGAAUCAUUAAAUAAAUUAAAAUUUCUCUGGCAGCAAAAAUUAACAGUCUAUGAAAAUGAAGAAAAAGAAUUGAAAAAUAUGCUUUCUAAAGCUGAAGUUGAAAAACAUGAAAAGAGAGAAUUUGAAAUUCAAAAAAAAUUGGCUGAAUGGGAUCAAAUAUUAUUUGGACCAUACUUUCAAUCUCACGAAAUUAUAAUUAAUGAUUUACAAACAUUCCUUAAUAUUAGGAGAGACUGGGAUAAAUAUGUUGUCGACGAAAAUAAAACAUCAACAUCUAGCAGUAUUCCUGUUGGAUGGAUUUUACCAUCAACACCUUGUAAUUCUAAUUGGGCUAAAUAUUUAAAAAAAUAUUAGUUAACACUGUAAAAGUUAAUACUUAAAAAAUAUAUAAAUAUUUUGAAUUA